GUGUACUUGAAGCCACAUUCAGUAACGUUGUUUUAACGAUAGGUAGUGGAAUCUUUGGAGGUAAGAAGUUAUCAAACUUGAAAAUUCAUAUAUAUCCUUCGCCAUGUUUGACGAUCCUUCAAAAAAGUUGACGUACUUUGAAUAUGCUGCUGGUGUUUUGAUCUGUUGCUGGCCCAUCAUGAGACAGGCUGUAGCAGAAGAAUGGGCAGAUGUCGAUACAGCUGACAAGCGAGACUGGAUGGCCGGAGCAAUAGUAGAUUAUAUUUGCUCUGCCAAAGACGUUGAUCCCUAUGAUAUUGAAGAACUCAUUUUGCAAAUUUUGCAGGACGAGUUCAACGUUGGUUCUAUUGAAGACGACUCUCCUUACAUUUUGGCUCAAGAUUUGCAUCGUGUCUGGCAAGCGACCCUGGAAGAUAAUUUUGAACCCAUUCGUGACAUUCAUGAACACCUAGGAAAGCCAAUGGUUGAAAAGCAAGAGAGAGAAGAAAAUAGGAACAAGAAGUCAUCAUCUUCUGCCGUUCCCGAACUUGUUGAAGGCGAACCAUCGAUGCAAGAAGACUUUCCCGAACCCUCUGAAGAAGAGUCAAAGGCUCCAACUGUUGACGACGAUGGUUUCACUGUUGUUCAACGCAAACGUCGUUAAGGAGAUUUUUUUUACUUUUGCGGAAUCCUUUAAAAUAAUCUAUGAUGGUGCAGCAUAUUUAUAGAGAGUAAUGGCUUGAAUCUUCCGUGCUCUGUUUUGGUCUAUAGGGAAAAGGAAAAGAAAAAUUGUUAUGGUAAUAGGGUUAAAGGGUGAAAUAAAAUAAAAUAAAAAAACGAUUGUUUACAAAAUUCAAAUAACC